GGCCUUAAGAUUGUAGAUAUAGUUUCUGGAGCUUCUAGGAAAGCGUUUCUAGUGCAUGUCAGUCUUCCCCAUCGGCUAUGGGAAAUUACAUUACAAUGAGUUCCAACUGUUGUUGGCCCCAUUCAUGAGAGGGAGCUUCCAAGGUGUUUUUCGUGCCCGCUACUCGUAGUUGUCGGAAAAUUCGAUAAUUCCGCGCAAUCGAUUUCACGAGGCCGUUUCUUCCGCAUUUAGUAUCUGCGAAGGGAACAUACAAGUAUCUAAUGCUAGAAGUUAGUGUAAUAAUCGACCAUUGACCGUUCUGUCUCUAGGAGACUUGUGUACUUGUGUACGGAACAACAACAGCUCACCAGCAACAUUGCUAAUUAUACAUCGUUUAUAAUUUGCUUAAUGUCUUCUUGGUGCAAUUGUUAAUCCGUGGCUUACUAAGUGGCUGUAAAAGUGCGAGUACCAUCAAAUAAUCGUCCGAAAACUUGUUUUGUUUAUUGGUGUUCCUCUGGUUGGUUUUCGUGUGACAUGCCUGAUAAUUUAUGCAACUUUCACAUGGGACUUAACGAUAACAACGCAUGCAGACGUGACCGCGCUUAGUAACUCCAUCCAAUAAAAUUUGUUUGUGAAAAUUAAAAACGUGAAAAAAACGGCCAAAAUCCAUAAAAUAUUCGUUUACCUUUCCACCUCGCAUUUCCACUCAUUUAAGGUUGCAUUCAAGUGGAAACAAAUUGCUAAACUAUUGGUUUAAUAAUUGUUCACGGCAUUGGUGAAGAAAGUUGUGUUUACCUUUUCGUCCCUCCUUUUCUCGGGUUCCCACCGUUUGUUAUCUUAAGGAGUGUGUUUCGCGGGAUUUUGCAAUCAACACUUGCUGAUAACGGCAAGUGCAUUGGAUAUUUGUUUUGCAAAGUAUCUAAGUUACGAAACACAUGAUGCGGUGCAACAGUACACAUUGCUGCAUUGAUAUGCAGCGAAAAGUGAGACGAGUCUUCGCUCUAGUUAGCAACGUGUAAGAAUUGGAAACAAAACUGAGAUUCUGAGAAAGGAAGGUGUUUUGAACUGUGGAUAAGCACGGGAAGCAGUGUCAGCAGCAAAGAUUGAACCUAGAAUCAUGUAUUUGAUACAGACCGUUCAAACAUCGUGGAGGCCCCAAUUGCCCCUCCCCAAAGAAAUUCCGGCGCAAUUUGUUCAAAAUUCAGCGACAAUGGACUCGAAAAGUACGAAAAAAGAUUCACCGGCCAAUAAGAAAUGGUCAUUUGGUCGAUUCUUCCGUAAGAAAAAAGAUUUAGAAACGGACUCAUCAUCUGAUGAUGAUCGCAAGGCAGGCUUCAUAGCACCACAGAAACCUCGAAAGAAAGAAAAGCGAAAACGGGCCAGUAAAAUUGUCAGUCCUGGAUUCGAUCAUAUUGUCAUAAGUCCAGUGGGAAAUGAAACAAAUGAAAUUUUUCUACCAUUCGAAACAAUCGAGACAACUGAGUCGAUAAGGUCAUCAGGUUCGGCUGAUAGACGAGGAAGAAAGGAGAAGAGGCACCGGUCGAGCCGUUUGCAAGUGCAACGUCAUUCGUCCAGUGAUGAAGAUGUGAAAUCGCAUAAUUCAUCGUCGUUGCCUCGGUAUAGGAGUGACGAAAGCAUAGGAAGUGGAGGAGUUGUAGGAAAUAGACGUAGUAGGGCGGCUCGAACAGAGCGAUACUACAAAAGGAUGAGUAGAGACGAGAACACCGCGGGAACUAUGGUGACACCUCAGGUCGGUCGGUGGAAAACGCAGCCUGUACAGCUUACCAUAUAUGACUCUAACCGACCCAACCAAGGAUAUUAUCUCAAAAAUUCGACAAGUUUGAGUAACGUUCCAAACGCGCAACAGUAUCUCUACGCAGUUCCCAACAAGGGCAACCAGAUGAAUUCUGUGAGUUCAGAGAAACGAAGCAUCAGCUACGACAACCAUAUACAUCUACAAAAUCUCUAUAAUAAAAAGGAAGGAAUAGCUAAAAAUACACCUCCGCCUCCUCCUCCCCGAGAUCCACUUCGAAGAGUGCACGUGCCAGGACAAAGUGAGUUAAGACCGAUGUCCUACGCUUUCGAUAAAUCUGCGCUACCUUCAUACCCAAUGAAUAAUCGCUGCGUCUCGGAUGACAAACUGUGGGGACCGGAAGGAAGCAUCUAUCAAUCCAAUAUUCAACGUCCGUCUUCAGCUCAGCCUGUUCCGCAGCCUAGGCGAUUUAUAACAAGGGCUGAUCGUGACAAUAAUCAAAAUAAAGUCAGUAGCAACAUCAUGGGACCCGAUUAUAAAUACAUCGCGGACGCGAUCCCUCGAUCACGCAAACCUAUACAUAUACUGAAAUCUGAAGGAGUAAAGCUGGAGCCCUCUCCGAACUCUGCUUUUAGUCCACCGCCUCCAGUAAUACGAACAACUAAGUCAGGAUUACCUUCUCCGAUGCAGACAGCUUCGCACUUUUGGAAGCAAAUCGAUCAGCAAGAAGUACAGAGGCGUGGACGAUGCCCUGAACCAAACAGAGGAGGAUCAUCUUCCAUGGAUAAACCAAGGUCUGUUUCGAGUUCAAGAGCGGGUAACGGGUUCCCAUCUCGUGGAAGCAUGCAAGAGAACUUCAGGGCGAUGAAUGGUCGCAUGAAUAAGUCUGUAGAUGAAGCAGAAAAUGUUGUAAGCGGAAACUUGUACUUAAAACCAACCAAAGAUAACGAGAAGAAUUUCAUUGAAGUAAGUACUAAGCCUUACGCAAACAAGUCCAGCUCUAUGCCUAACUACUAUCAACAGCAGCGACAACAUCAACUGCAGAAACAGCAGCAACAGCAAUUGCAACAGCGCAAGACAACAACUCCGCCUCCUAACAAAUACGAAGAGUACAUCGCACGCAAGGCACCUCAGAAUGUGAUAAAACCUGCCAAAAUACCACCUCCACCGCCUCAGCGAAAAUCCAUAAGAUUGAGCACAGAAGAUUUGCGUAAACCAGCAACAAACCUCGAGGAUGCUAUCAAUGAACUUGAAGCAAUCUACAACAGUUUAAAACUUGGUGACGAGGAUCUGCUAGACCGAGCUGAACGUCGAGAUAUCCCAACUCCAACGAACUUCGAAAAAUAUGCAGUUGUCAGCGACGAGGAUGAGGAACAAAAUAACGGUGAACCUGAUGUUGUUUUAGAUGAUGUUGCUUACCGAAAUAUCCAACGAGCUAACACAAUCGUAAAAACAAUUGAUCCUCAACCUCCGUUUGGUAUACCGGUUGGUCCUGUCCCACCCUCUCCCAAUACGGACUACCUGCAUGUUACCCCUGAUAAGGAGCAGAAGAAAAAUCGUUGUGUUCCGCAAAAUGUUCCUGAUUUAGUGUCGGACGAUCUAGCUGUCCGGGCGCUUCGAAAAGAUGUACCGGGGUUGGUGAAACCGACAGUUGCCUUCCCAUCUGGUUCGACGAAGAAAAAACGAGCCGUCAGGUCAAUGUCGGCAAAUAUAUAUAAUAUUAUUCAACGAGAUGCAGCAAAACCAGCUGGGGGAAAUUUGUUUGAUUUCAGUGAUUUGGAUCGUGCUCUAGAGAAAGCUGGAAGUUUGAGUGACGUUCGCCGUGAUGUUGAUGAUGUUCCUUCAGCGUUGCAACUUCUGAGGAAUCUCAGAAAGGAUGAGAAGGAAUCACCCCGGAAGAUGUCUCCGGUAUUUCGUCAUCCGAAUCAAGGUGGAGCUGUUUUUAACUUGCCGUCUACGCUGAAAACUUCUCCCCAAAACACACCGCAUAUUGUUCAGAAGCCUCCUAUUCCACUGCCUAGGAAGAGUCACAGUCCUGAUCCAAUGAAAGACACUAGCGGGAUGGAGGAGGUCCUUAACAGAAUCGCCAAAGAAGCACAGGAAAGCAGUGAGAAGUUGACUAGAGAGCUGAAGGAAUUAAGGGACGAGAAGAUAAAUCUUGUGGAGAAACCAAUGAAUCCAGAAAUAUCUAAAAUGAAUGAUGACAUCGAAGAGGUAUCGAAAGCAGCGAAAAUAUGCGGAGAAGUGCUUUCAGAGAUUGUACCACAAACUGAAGAAAUUCCUCUACCUAAACAGCGAAGACUAUCGAAAGAAGAAAAAUUAAUUAAGGAUAUUGAUGAAACCUCAGAAGCAGCCAAGGUUUGCGAGAAAAUUCUCAAAGAUGUUGUCACAAUUGAGCCUCCAGUAACGGUGGAAACUGCGGAAAUUGUUUCACAAACUAUCUCGGAAAUACAAGACUUUGUCGAUAGGAAGAUAAAUGAGGAAGUGCCUGGGGUUUCAACGGGAGAACCAAAGGCAGAAGAAGUUGCGUCCGAAGUGGAUCUCAUCGAUUUCUCAGAUGACUCAGAAGUUCCAAAACAAAUGCCGCUCGCUGUCUCGACAUUACUGGAGAAACUGGACCCGAUGCAAUCAGCUCAGAUUGGAAAAAUUGCUGAGCGUUGCAUGCGUCAGAUUAGUGAACUUAGCGAUCUACAAGCUGAAGAGGCCGAAGCCAAGACCGAAUCGAUGGACAAGGAUGAUGAUCAAGGUGAUUACGAUAACCUGAACUCAGAACCCGAGACGUCAAACACUCUAACUUGUAAACAAGAUGAUGAUGAUAUCCCUGACUAUGAUAAUAUUCAUGGCGAUCAUAUUGCUGUUGUUUCAGAACGAAAACAAUCCUCUGAAGCAAUGGCACCGUUAGCUUCUCAAGACGAUGAUGAUGAAGAUAUAGAUAAGAUAAUGAAAGAGUGUGAGGAUCAAGUGAUGCACAAGACCCCAUACACGUCACUCUCAUCAAGCGAUUGUCCGAAGUCAUCAAGUCCGACAUCGAGUCGUCAAAAGUCGUCAAGUAUUACAUCAAUUCAUGCUUUAUCCUCAAGUGAUUUUGUCAAGUCCUCGAGUAGUGAAUUCCACACACCAAGCACAGACCCUAUAAAAACCUUUAGCACAACAUCUUAUGACGUGAAUUCGUCUAGUCCCACGCCAAAUAUCACAAAUUCGCCACUUAGUACAACACCAUCACCGCUUUUUGCACCUACACCAAUAGGCAAGAAUGUCGUUGAUGAAGUUGCUGACAGUCAAAAUAAAUCACAAUCACAAUACAAUUCAUCUGAAGAGUUGGCCAUGAUUUUUGGUAUGGCUCCGCCUGUAAUAGCUUCAAAUGCCCAACCGUCAGAUAAUGCAUCAACAAUUACAUCAACAACAACAGCAGCGACCACAGGUAGGCCGAUAAUCCGUUGGCUAAUCUGGAUACCAAAGUUGCCAACUAUUUUGAGUUAUUAUGCUUCGUUGAAAUUUAUUUGGACGACUGCCUCCAGAUAUAUGCGAAAAAGAUCUGUUUUCGUAUUUUUAAAGAAGAUAUUCAUAGAACCGAUUACUUCAAAACCGUAUCAGCCUUUUCUGAGAGAGAAAAAGAAGUUUUCUUCCGCGCCACCAUUAGCGCCAUUGUUCCAAUCGUCACCAUCGACCACUGCCAAUCAAAGCUGCCAGCCAUCAUCAAACCAACAGUCGAAAUUAGUUGACAUUGAAACAGAUACAUCCAUUGAAAACUUGAUCUCGCCAACUCUAAAUGAUAAAUAUCAAAGUGUCUACGGUACUUCGUCUCAGUUGAUAACAAAUGACAACAAGAAAUUCUUCCCGGUCGACAACAAGUACGAUUUCUAUGGUAAUCAGCAACAGCAAACCGAAAGCCAAGUAGCCCAUUCAACUGCUAAUUUCCCAUAUUCAGCUAGUCCAGCCAAUACCUUAGCCAUCUCAUCAGCUUCCGGAACUCAUGUUGAGCCUGAUCGAAACUCGAUAGUGUUUUCAUGUGUAAAUUUCAGGCCGACGAAAACGAAUCCAACUGGCAACAGCAACUAUGCCCGCAGUGAUUCCCGUCCCAGGAGCACCUUGUACGACAUAAUAUGCAAAGAAAAAGAAAUCGAAUCAAAUAUGAGUAGCUUGGAUGCUGCCAUAGCACAAAAAGCAGACGAGAAAACUGGAAACCCUUCAAAAUCUGAUGGAACGGAUAGCGCAUCCGCAUCCCUGUUUUAUGAACCAUCCGCAACCCUGUACAACGCUUCCAACUUUACCAAUCCAAAAAACGAUAGUGCUGACCGCCAUUCUCAUCUUUUGGACGAAAGUGGUGGUCAAUUGCAACUAUUCAAGGACAUGAUGGGUGUCCUGGAGAACGGACAGAAAUCGUCGAACCAACCGAAGACCUCAGGACAAUCCACAUCUUCGCUACCAACUGCCAGUGGACCUGCAAAUUCUACAGAAAUGACGAACGAGGGCAGUCCCCUUCGAAAGCAGCAACAAUCAGCACCCUCUAAAAUGCCAAAGGGAAACUUUCACUUAGCUAGCGAAUUGAAUCACAAUAACAUAAACACUAACAUAAACAACAAUAACGAUGAUAGUAACCUAAAUAGUAACAGUAACGGUAGAUCUAGUGCAACAACUUUAGGUAGUAGUAACGGACAUGCAAGUGUAGCUAGUAACAAUUCAAUGGUAUCCAGUGGGGACAUGGAUCGAGGACGACAGGAAAGAAUCGCGAAAUAUAAGGAGGAGCGCAGGAAGCAAUUGGAUGAAAUUGGAGCGGCAGCAGUAGCGGGAGCUCCUUCAGCCUUAGCCAGUGAUAGUAGUGAUAAAUAUGAUCAACAGAAUAAUAGUGUCCGUGGUAGUGGCGGUGAUGGUAGCAGCGGUGGUGAAUUGGAACGAAAAGCAAGUAAUAGUCGACCUGAUAGCCUCACCGGAGUGGGUAGAAGGUACAUAACCAGAUCUAGUCGUACUCCAGUGAGUAGUGAUUCGUCCUCCUCGCCCAGUAACCCUCUAUUAACUCAUACGAACCGUGUUAAAUCGCCAAUAAAAUCACCCUCAAGAAUGCUGACAACGCCGAAUUCGCGAACUAAUUCACCAAUUCACGGAAAAGGAUUCCGAUCAAGUAGUUCACCAACUGCUAUGGGUGCAAUCCGGUCAAUAGCAUCGAUACAGUCACCAACGCAUGCAUCAGGAUUAUCCAGCUCUGGACGACACAGCAAUAACAGCUCGCCUUCAUCGGGAGGUGGGAGUGGUAGCGGCGGUGCAAGUACCUUACAUAGCCGCCUUCUCUCAUCCACCACCAGUGGUACACUAUCCCAGCCCAUACGGACGACAAAGGCCUCCAGACUCCGAGCCGCAGCUUUAGUUGAGAAAAAAACGAAAGACUCAAGCGACGAACCUUCUUCUCGUUAUUCACCUAAAGCUUCACAAAGCUCAUUGGAGACAAGCACCAAGUCUGGGUCGGAGCCACCGGCUACAGUGGGAGCAACAAGCGCAACAACACCACUGUCCCCAUCGCAUAGAAUUCGUAUUGGUGUCUCGACUUCAAGGAAAGCCAAUACAAUUUCGGGACUUCCAAGCGGAUUUACAGCAACCUCUAUGGCACCGUCUUCGUCUACAAAGAAAUUAUAUCCAUCAAUCUCGGUGUCGGUCAAGCAAACUCUUAAUGAAUUGUCCAUUGAUGGAUGCCGAAGCGUGUCGAACUCCACCUCGCCAGCUCCACCAGGAAGUGAUAGUGUAUCGCCGGCAAUUCGGAGUCCAGCAGAUACGGAAUGCACCCUAAAAUUGAGACAGCGCUCGCCAAAUAUUUCAAAUGCAGGCACAGCAGUUUCAAGCCCAACCAGAUCUUCGAGAACGUCAAACUCACCGACUGGCGGCGAACGUGAUAAAUCAUCGAAACGUAAAUCGAAUUUAAAUCGCGCUUUGAAUGAAGAAUCGACGAAAGAGGAUGAUGCUGCUUUACGUCGUCGUCGAAGACGUGAACUUGGCAUGGCUCGCCAGCUAAUCCCCACUGACGAAACAUCAACGGCGAUCCGAGAUGCUAUCUCACCCAUUAAAAAUUCAACUUCACCAUCUGGAUCCUCGCCACAACCUCGUAAUGAUCUUGCUUUCCAUAUGGCCAACGCCCGGAGGGAGGUCCUUUCUGGAUCGACUGAUCGUCGACGUGCUAACACAGCUAGUCCAAAAGUUGGAUCCGGCUCUGCAUCGAGUCCUGGAAUUAAAGUGGAUCUUAAGGUGACGCGAAAAUCCCCGGAAAAGUGUGAAUCAGUGCCAUUAACUCGUAGCAGUAACACAAAGGAACAUGACUAUCUAAGAAAGAAUAAAAGAUUAUCUGAUGUUAGCCGAAAAGUUGACGCGAUUCGUGAGCGAACCAGAAGUGAAUUGGCAGAAAUUAAUAAGAUUACGGCAAAAUGUAAUGAAAUUCUUGUGAAUACGAAGACUGUAGCAAGUGCUAUUUCCGCUCCAACCGGAUGGCAUAGCGAACCCGUUGCUUCGAGUAGCGGAACAGACUUUACAAAUGAUCGUGGUGCUUCUGCGGGUGCAGAUAGUGAUCCUAACUUCAUUAGAAGGAAAUUCGCUAAGAAAGAUCGUAUCAGUUUCGACGAAAUACCACCGGAUGACAUUGGUAUGCAACAUGAUCACCAGCCAUCACCUCGUAAAAUCUUGAAAACCCGAAGUCACGAUCGUGAACUCAGCCCAGAUGCUGCAGGACCAUCGAAAGUCUCGCCAAUGGGCCGUCGUAGAAGUCCUGAAGAUCUAGUCGGGCCUAGCCAUAUUGUCUCAAUUUUGAAAAAGAAAGACGCCGAAUCUAGCUCUGCAUCGAGUAACGCUUCGCCUGUAACUUUUUCAUCGAGCGUAGUGGACACACCAACGCGUAGCUCAAAGCGCCAGGGAAUCCUGAAGAAGCGCUCCAGCUUGGAUGAAAGUCGAUACAGUCGAAGCCACUCGCCUGAUGAAAAGAGUAUUCUGAUUAAAACCCCUCGAAGGAACAGUCUUGAGGAAACCCACCACGGUAUUUUGAAGCAACGUAGCUAUGAAAGUAAAAGUGAUGGAUGUCCUUCAGCUGAACCUCAUCAUGGCAUAUUAAAGAAGAAAGACUCGACAUCCACACCGUCUGAUAACCAACCGAAACAUGUUUCAAUAUCGCAGGCUGUCAUCCUAGCCGCGGCGGAGUUAUGCAAAGACAUUAUAACAUCAGAUCACGAGUACGAUAUUAAACCAAUCUUGAAAACUGAUAACACAGAGAACGUGCCUAACGUCCCUAAACCGAUACUUAAAAAGAAAUAUUCGUCCGAAAUGGAAGAAAUCCGGCCCAUACUUAAGACCUCGCGUAAAAGUAGUCGCGAAGAAUCAUCAGAUAAUGAUGAGCUAGUCAAACCGAUUUUGAAGAUUGAUUCGCCUGCUAAGCGUCGUAGCUUGACUGAUAACUUUGAAUCGAAUACAAUAUUGCAACGUAGCCGAAGUUUAGAGCAUCCUGAAGAUCCUUGGGAUCCAGCAGCGGCAGCAUCGAGUUCGUCUGGUACGGGGCCAAUUGAAAAACCAAUAAUUUCAGUGGCAGAGAGAAUUCGAAAUAUGGAACGAUUUAUAAUUGAUGGAAGCAGUGGUGCUGUACCUAAGCAAGGGAGGAGUAUCAAGAGGGAUAUCUAUAAAAAUCGGUUCCGAACGCAACCGGUGACUGUCGAUGAAAUUAACUGUGUACAAUCAACCGCAGUGGAUUUAUUCAAGCCAGGAUCAUUGGAAUCUUUGAACUAUUUGCUAAAAAUAUCACCACGUAGCACAUCAUCCUAUUCACCAACAUCAUCAUCAUCGCGGCCAAUAACCGAUCAAUAUUCACCAAAUUCGGUAUCGGCUGAAUUGAAUUGUUUAUCUUUAAGUAGCGAUAGCGGAUUACAAACGGGCAAAGUAUCUGAAAUGUCCGGAUACGGCGAUAAUAUUUCAACGUCGUCAGUUGCGAGUGCGACUCCCACGUCGAAAUCACUAGCAUCAGAGUCGGGUUCGUCUGCGGUGGGCGGCAUUAGCAAGGACGAUAUCGUCGAAGAUGAUUCUCUUACUAAAUGCGAUAGUUUAGAAGAUAAAGAAUUUGCCAAACACGAUAGUAGCGAUAUGGACAAGACAAUGACGACGCCCCCAACGUCGGGAGGGGCUGCAAGUGGAUUAGCGCGUAAUAACAGUGUUCGUGCCCGGGCCAGUAUGUUCCAACAGUUGGAGGAGCGAAUGAAGCAUGGUAGCAGCCCGGAGGAGAAACCUCUACCACCGAAAGUUAGAAAAGUACCAGCAUGCUUUUCACCAACAUCAGCUGCCAGUGAAGUGACCCCAAUCAAGCCUGGCCCUGCUGCACCUAAGACUGGCUCAGAAGAUUCGGACAGUGAAUUUGAGCCAUCAACUUUACCACUUUCCGAGCGCUUGAAGAUAUUCUCAGGUGAACGGCCGACCUCAAUGAAUGAAAGUAACAAAGUCACCCCCAUCCGUCGGUCGCAUACGACUAGCAGCGUCCAUAGCAUCCGUAAAGCUCAGUCACUUGCUAACGAAAGCACCGAUAAAAAUCAGGACCAGCAGCCAUUAUCAGAUGCAAUAGAUACAACUCCGAAAUCGUCGGCACCAAAGCGGCUUAAACUCCGAACUAUUGGGAAGCUCGCCUUACCGUCCUUCUUCGAUGCCAACAACAACACCACCCUUUGCAGUUCAAAUGAAAAAACUGAGGAGGAUUUCCCAAGGAAAAUAGGAAAAAUUAAAUCACCUUUCCUGAAUAACAAUAGCAGUAACAUAAGUGACGACUCGCCACCCCAGAAGGUGCUAACUUCCAAAUCCGCCACGCUCAUAACUGACUUGAACUUCGACUCAGGCAAGGAGAACUACGAUUCAAAUCACUCCGAAAACAGACGAAAAUGCCAAAGGAGCGGUUCUAAGGACCUAAGCAGCCUCAAAAUUUCACCAAGCAUAGACGAUAAAAUCGCGAAAUAUUUUGGGGUAGCCAAGGAAAAUGAUGUAUCCAAGCAUGGAAACAGUGAAAGCAAUUUGAGCCAAGUGAACCAAGUAUGCAGAAACGGGAAUGGAGUCGUCUUAGAAGUGCUGAAACGAUCGACGUCAAAAGAAUCGGAAGCACCUGGGAUAGACAUCCUCAUGGCCGACCCCAUUGAAAAUGGCGAGACCGUAGCAGAGUCAGCUUCAACAAAGCGGCGCAGCUUUGGAGUUCGCCGAAGUCGUGCUGUGACUACAACAGUUGUAAACAACACUCCCGAAAAGUCGACCAGGCGGUUGUCCCUACGAAAUCGCUCAAAGACAAUCACCAACGGGACGCCAGUUACCUUGUUGAGUCCGAAGGACAUGAUAAGUCGCUAUGAAGAUCUGCACGUGACCAAAGAAGAUUUACUAACGGCUGCUAAGGAAUUUGAACAGAUUUUCUUAGAAUCCACCCAAUCUUCAACAGUAACCAAACCACUCCAUCUGCCACUUCUUUCACCGCCUGGCGGUGGUCUAGAGCCUCGCAAAGGAAUCCUUAAAUCAAAAUCCGGCUGUGUUGGAAUGUUCCCGACUGAUUUAAGCUCUGAAUUGAAAAAUCGUCUCAAAAAAUCCACUCAUGCCACCGUCUCAAAUCUGAGAAAAUCCGCCACAUCUGAUCAACCAAUACCUCGCGGACCAUCAGAAAUUGCACCACCAAGGCCUGUCACUCCGGCCGAUGAGCCGAGCUCAUCAGAAUCCGACGAUGACGAUGGAGUGGAUCCUGAAAAGAAUCUUGCCAAAAUCUUGAGAAGUGUUUCUAAGGAGAACAUGAACCGAGCCUCGAAAACACAACAGAGUCAAAAGACUGCACCAACAAGUGGUGGAUUGCCUUCAGUGGAAUCACAUCAUGACGAUACAAUCAAUCUAGUCCGAAAUUUAGCCAGUUUAGAAAAAGGUCCUACCGCAGCUGAAUUGAAAAGCGCUGGUUAUGCUCCUCAGAGUGCAACAUCAACUUCCGAAGGUGAAAGUUCCGGGGGUCGUGAAAUUACGUCAAUCAUCAAGAAUAGUGCGAUCGCGAGACGACGAAAACUUAACGAAGGACAAGCGAACAAUCUAAUAGCAAAAAGCAAGAGUCAUUCAUCCAUCGUAGAUUCAUCAAUAUCAAAUCAAUCUGAAUAUCCAACAAAUACUGGUCCCAUUGGAGGUGGAGGUUUUGUAAGUCUACGAAAUGCGUUAAAGGAAUCAUCGGACGAUGUUCUCAGGCUCCAUUCGGGCACAAGUGGAGGACAUUUGGACGAAAAACGUAAUUCCGAUACAGUUCUUCCUGAUUUUCUAAGAGGCGGUGUACGAAGGAGUUUCACGCAGGUCAUGAGGCCCGAUCAGAAUACUAUUGCCAAAACUGGCUCGAUUGCCGAGCGAUUGGCAGCUCUACAAAAAAGCGGAGAGGAUGAAUGGCGUAAACGAAUUUCAAAACGGGAUGAGGUCGAUGAUGUUAAACGAGAGAACUUUGUCAAUGAUGCAUUAACCCACAAUCUAUCGGAUAAACCACCACCAUAUUCAUCAACGUUGAUACCAUCCGGCGUCGAAGGUGGAAAAGUUCAAGAUCGUCUAGGAAAAUUGAAAAGUUCAUCGGAAAGCUGGAGGAAUAGAAUUGAGCCAUCCGAUGCAUCCAAAUUCACGGUUGCCGGUCGGUUACAAUCAAAAUCUCCAGCCAAACUGCAAUUUGAACGAGGCGAUAACAAACAGUCACCCCGCAUGAAGGUACUUCGAAGUGCCAAUCCUACACCAUUGGGGUUGGCCAAGAGUCCAUCAAUGAUGGUGACAUCAAUGACUGGAAGCUCAAAUAAUCAGGGUGACGAACAUAAUGCCGGUGUUAGAAAUGUUGGUGGUAUAGGUAGUGGUGGUUUGGCAAGCCUCCUCAAACGUAGUCACAGUGUAAAUUGCGGCGAUGGGGCGGAUUCAGAUGAUGCCAGUGGCCGAAGCCAAAAGGAGAAUCGUGUUGGACGGCAGAAUGGCGAACAUUUUGCUGGAACUAAAGUGGCAGUACCAAAGUUAGAUGAUGAGGAGACUUUCUCGAAAUUUUUCACAACUGUACAGAAAGCUGUGAUCGAUGAGAGUGUGGAAAUAGCUGAUUUUGAUGAUAUCAAAUCGACAGAGAGAUUGUCUAACAAAAAGACAGUGCAAGGACCGCAAGGAAGGCGUCCUGCGGCACGAAAUCCAUUGAAAGCCCUGGCAGCUCGCAACGAUAUCCAAAGUGAAUAUACGGAGAUCAAAACCGGAAUCGCAGAGAAGGAGAUGAAACGUAUAAAGUUGGAGUCGAUUGCCAAAAAUAGCAAUCUCGCCGUCGAAGCAUUAGCUGGAUUGGCUAGUGUCGAGGAUUUCAAAUCGGUCAGCCUAAAGUCAAGUUCGUUGCCAUUAAAUCAAUCAUUUUUGCCGUACAAGCCCACAAUGCUGCUCCACGUGAAGGGUCGAACCCAUGUUCAGACCAGACUCGUUGAGUCAGUUUACACCUCUAUUAACCGAGGAGACUGCUUUAUCCUGAUUUCAGGAAGCAAACUCUACCGCUACGUAGGCGCAUUUGCCAACGUUAUUGAGAUCUCACGAAGUAAGAAAAUCUGCGCAUACCUAAUUGAAAAUAAGGAUAUGGGUUGCACUGCCAACUCGGAGACUAUCCUGAACGACGGACGUGGCGGAACCGACCGCCAUUGGAGGGCAUUCUGGUCGAUACUCCAAAAGCCGGAGGAUUACGAAGUUCCCGAUUGUGGGCACGCUGAUGAGGAUGACCUAUUCGAGACAAGUUUGAUUGAAACAAAUAUGAUUUAUGAAUUCGCCGAUGAUUCUCUAGUCCCGAUUGAAAAGUAUUGGGGAGCGGUACCAAAAAUUGAAAUGCUCGAUCCAAAGAAAGUCCUGGUCUUCGACUUUGGAAGUGAAAUGUAUGUUUGGAACGGGAAGAAUGCUUUGCCUGACAAUAAGAGGGCAGCGAUUCGUCUUGCACAGGAACAGUACUCAACACAGAAGAUUGACUACGAGGCAUGCGCUCUAAAUCCUCUGAACUUCUCUCAAAUCGCAGGGGACCGCAGCAACUAUAAGGCACCGAAACAGUCUGAGAGGUUCGAAUGGUGCCUCCUGGCAAAAGUCACACAACACAUGGAGACAGUAUUAUUCAAGGAGAAGUUUGCAGACUGGCCUGAAUGCGAACGGGAGGAUUUGGAGAAAGAUUAUCUUUUGAACGGUGUCUCCGCUAUCCGGAGCCUCGAUGGAAAUGCACUCUUCAAGGGAGAACCUUAUGAGGAACCUAAUUUGGUCCUAGAAGGCAGUAAUUUGGGCCGCGGAAACUUCUACUACGAUGACGACAGUAUGAGGCACUACGACAUCAAAUCAAAGUCUGUGAACAAAUGGAAAAUAAAUGAGUACUCAUUCGAAGAGGAGAACGAGUCCAACUACAGCCAUUUCUAUUCUGCUGAGAGCUAUAUCAUUCGUUGGAUGUAUCAAAUUUCUGUUACGGUCCGCGAGCUAAGUGGAAGAAUAUCUUCUCGUAGCAUAGCUGUCGGACGCGACCGAUGCGUCUACUUCUGCUGGCAGGGUACAGACGCAAGUGCUAACGAAAAAGGUGCAGCUGCUCUCUUAACGGUCGAACUGGACAAGGAGAAGGGUUCACAAAUGCGCGUAUCGCAAGGUGACGAAUUCCCUGCCUUCAUACGCCUAUUCAGAAUACUGUUUCAGCACAAAGGACGUCGUGACGAAUGCCUGGCAAGGCGGUCAGAUUGGCGCAUGUAUAUUAUAACCGGGAACGAUCAAUCUGAAAUCGUUCUCAAAGAAGUUAACUGUGAUUCUAAUCAAUUAAGGUCUCGUGCAUCGAUAUUAGUUAUAAAUGGUGAAUUGGGACAAGUAUUUAUUUGGCAUGGCUGUAAGAGCCUAACGCACACAAAAGAUGUGGCUAAACACGCCGCGGAAAUUAUAAAGGAGCAGAAGUUCCGUGAUCUGUUCCCAGAUGAUGUCAGCUCUGUUCGGAUAGAUGAAAUCAAUGAGAGUCGAGAAACUGAAGCAUUUAAAAACGCACUAUCCAAUGGUCUUGAUGAGACCGCUUUCUAUUCAAUGAAAUCCUGUGUUAAGGAUUUCAACUACACGCCGCGUCUGUUUCACUUCUCAAGCACCCAAGGAGUGUUUAAGGCAACUGAAAUUAUGUACAGUCUUAGGACGAAGGAUUUAGUUAGUCCCUUCCCAUUCACACAGUCUCUCCUGUAUAACGCUCGACAGCCCACGAUCUUUAUGGUGGAUGAUGGAGAUAAGCUGUGGAUGUGGCUCGGUUGGUGGCCGCUGGACGGAUUGAAGAUUAGCGACGAUGAAUCUGAAAACCCCAAUAUUGAGAACCGUUCCGGCGUUAAUCGGUGGAUCUCGGAAAGGCGUGCAGCACUAGAGACUGCUGUUUCGUACUGGAAAGCAAAGUUUGGUGAUAAGUGUCGAACUUUAUCGUCGGGUAGUGAAGCCUCUUGCAGUUCAUCGUCGAGCGAUGAAGACGACGGAGACAACAAAGAUCCAACAUUUGGAGGAAUCAACGGUGAUGUGGUUUGGGCUGGACUUGAACCACUUGAAUUCAAAUCCCUUUUCCCUUAUUGGGAGGAUAGAAACGAUAUUAAGGAGAUCAAUUUACAGGACGGACGUAACAAGGAUCCAACCCCCAUAGCUGAGUGUCUCUCGCAGCUCACACAAAAGGAAUAUCCGUUGGCGGUCUUAAAACAACGCCCGCUCCCGGAGGGUGUCGAGCCGACGCGGCUGGAACUGUACUUAAAUGACUCGGAGUUUGUGCCGGCUCUAGGGAUAACGAGACAAGAAUUCGAUCAGCUUCCCGUUUGGAAGCAAACCAACUUAAAGAAAGAGCGUGGACUUUUCUAAUUGCUGUGUUGCUUUUUUUUAACUACGUUUACAACUAGGAUUACACACGCUUCCACGUGUACCCACUUUUUAUAUAUAUAUUUUGCUAACAAGAACGAAACAAAGAAUCAAACAAAGAAAUCAACAAUCACAAAAGUAUGCUUUGUACUUGUCGUAACCUUUCUUCUUUCUUCGCCUAAGUUUAAAAAAAAUCGAUUUUUAAUCGUUUACGAACUAUUUUAAUGAUUUUUCUUGUCUUUGACUAAUCGCAAAGCAUUUAUUUAUUACUGAGAGAGAUUACUAUGCAUAAUCGAUUGCUUUCAUUUCAUCUAAAUAUUUCCUAAUUUUAUUCUGUAAAAUUGUUAUUUCUAUGUAGCGACCCCUACCCCUACCCCCCUCGAUCCUCAAAAACAAUAUCUUACUGUACUGUUUUUGUAUUUUGUAAUUAUAAACUAUAAUAUAUAAACAAGUAACUGGUUUUUACAUAA